AUGCUCUCCUUCCAACGUGUCUUGCUCGCCAUCACAUUUGCCUCUUCAGUCAUUUUGGCUGCACCCCUUCAAAAGCGUGUACCCCAGUGGGCUGACACAGACAGUGCAACAAUCCACCCAGGUGUAAACACAAACACUGCCGGAUCAUGUACGGCAAACUUUGUAUUCUACAAUAGUAACAACGAAGUCUUUAUCGGACAAGCAGCACAUUGCAGUGGAACUGGAGAAGCAACAUCCACAGACGGAUGUGAUUCAGGUAGUAUGCCAGAAGGUACGCCCGUCACAAUCACCGGUGCUUCUCAACCAGGUAUAUUGGCAUACAAUUCAUGGAUCAGAAUGCAAGCUGCCGGUGGCAGAAAUACAUAUGAUGAAAGUACUUGUGCUUUCAAUGAUUUCGCUUUAGUCAAAAUUCAUCCUGAUGAUCAUGCAAAAGUUAAUCCAAGUAUUCCUAAAUUUGGAGGCCCUUCCGGAAUUCGUACAACAGACGUUGCUACCGGUGAACCAAUUUAUGCAUUCACAAAUUCGAUCUUGAGACAAGGAAUUCCCCUCUUGCAACCUAAAUACGGUAUCCAACGUGCCCAAUCAGGUGAUGGAUGGUCACAUGAAGUUAUCGGUCAAUUUGAUAUCCCCGGUGACUCUGGCAGUGGUGCAAUUGACCGAGACGGUAACGCCGUUGGUGUUUUGAGCACCCUCGAAUUUUUGCCAGUGCCAACCGAAAACGGAUUUGCAGAUUUCGCUCGCGCAUUCAAUUUCUUAAGGACACAAGAUGACUUUAGCGAUAUUGAAUUGGCUCUAGGCACUGAAUCAUUCAGCUUCGCACUUCCCAUCCCGAAGUAA